GUGGCUGCUCGCGUGAUGAUGCUGCUGUCCUCUGGGUACAUAUAUUGUGACGGUUCCUGUAGCUGCACAGUUGAUUCUCAAACGACAAUGGAACACACAAAGAGAGUACUUACUGCGGUUGUCUUGGUUGUCCUCAGUGUAACACUCGUCUUUGGUACGAGCCAAAACGAUGCGACAGACAACAAUGACAUCACUACAGUAAGCCCUAGUCCAGCCUCGUUCUUAGAUACCUUAUUGAAUUCACUGACGGGAUACCGUAUCUCUGGUAUAUCGUCAAAAACAUGCAAACAGAUUGGAGGGAUGUAUAUAACAGCCAACUGCAUUAUCAUAGCACCAGCGUCUCCUGACAUGAAGACAGGAACUUUUAUCAAUAAAUACAUUGGCGGUUAGUGUAAGUGAACCGUGAACAACUAACGACGGGCAGCGGUUGAUGUAACAGAACUAUGGGCCAUGGACGGCGGUUGUUGUGCAAUGGACGAUAUGGUUUUUU